GCGAGCUUCGACCUCGAAACUCUGCCAUUCGGCCCAGUUUGCUUUUUCAUCCAAAUUCUACCUUGGGUUAUUGAAAAUCCAUUAAAUUUUGAAGUACAUGCCUUAGAUAGUUGGAUCGUUAAAUUGUUAUUAUUAUGUUAAAAACGUUUCGCAUCAAUGUUAAAAUUUGUCUGCUUUUCACGACAAUUAUUAACUUAGGAGAAGGGUUAAACUGCACGUGUGGGCGGCCUGGCACAGCGAAUUCGAGGAUCGUCAAUGGCUUAGAAACAAGCCGCAAUGAAUUUCCAUGGAUCGUUGCAAUCAGGAAGCGGACGUCGCCGAUGGCCACCAUCCCGAACCUGCCGUACUGCGCCGGCAGCCUCGUCUCGGACUCGUUCGUGGCCACGGCGGCGCACUGCCUGGCCAACCUGCGCUCGCCCACACAGUGGGAGAUGUCCGAGGUGGUGCUGGGCAUGCACUACGCGCGCAGCAGCCCGCCAGAGGUGCAGGUGCGCGGCAUCAAAAGGGCGGUGAUGAAGGUGCAGUACCGCAAUGAGAACAAGGACAGCGACAUCGCGCUGAUCGAGCUCGACCGGCCCGUCAACAUCUCCGCGGUCAUCUACCCCAUCUGCCUGCCGUACGAUCUCAAAUUUCCGGUGGCCGAUCCGUGGGUGGUGACGGCCGGCUGGGGCCGCACCUCCUACCGGGGCCGACAGUCGGAAGUCCUCAUGAAGAGUAAGUGGAUGGAGAUGAUCCGGCACGACCACUGCGCGGCCGCCACCAAGUACCGCGAGCGGCCCGGCCUGCUGACCGAGAGGAUGCUCUGCGGGGUCUCCGACCUUACCGACGCCUGCCUCGGCGACUCGGGCGGGCCUCUGAUGUUCUACCAUCCCAAGUACUACCGCUGGUUCCUGGUGGGAGUGACCAGCUUCGGCUGGGGAUGCAACGAGCCCAACGACCCGGGCGUGUACACCAACCUCUACCACCCGGACAUCCUGGGCUGGCUGAGCUGCGCCAACACCGGACAAAUGUGUCAGAACUGAGCUGCGCCAACACCGGACAAAUGUGUCAGAACUGAGCUGCGCCAACACCGGACAAAUGUGUCAGAACUGAGCUGCGCAAACACCGGACAAAUGUGUCAGAACUGAGCUGCGCCAACACCGGACAAAUGUGUCAGAACUGAGCUGCGCCAACACCGGACAAAUGUGUCAGAACUGAGCUGCGACAACACCGGACAAAUGUGUCAGAACUGAGCUGCGACAACACCGGACAAGUGUGUCAGAACUGAGCUGCGCCAACACCGGACAAAUGUGUCAGAACUGAGCUGCGCCAACACCGGACAAAUAUGUCAGAACUGAGCAGCGCCAACACCGGACAAAUGUGUCAGAACUGAGCUGCGCCAGCACCGGACAAAUGUGUCAGAACUGAGCUGCGCCAAUACCGGACAAAUGUGUCAGAACUGAGCUGCGCCAACACCGGACAAAUGUGUCAGAACUGAGCUGCGACAACACCGGACAAAUGUGUCAGAACUGAGCUGCGACAACACCGGACAAGUGUGUCAGAACUGAGCUGCGCCAACACCGGACAAAUGUGUCAGAACUGAGCUGCGCCAACACCGGACAAAUGUGUCAGAACUGAGCUGCGCCAGCACCGGACAAAUGUGUCAGAACUGAGCUGCGCCAACACCGAACGAAUUUGUCAGAACUGAGUCCUACCAACACCGGACAAAUGUGUCAGAACUGAGCUGCGCCAACACCGGACAAAUGUGUCAGAACUGAGCUGCGCCAACACCGGACAAAUAUGUCACCAACACCAACAGCAGACAAAUGUGUCAGAACUGACACCAACAGCAGACAAAUGUGUCAGAACUGAUAUAAACACCAGACCCGAGGUCAGGCCCGUCCAGUCAAAACUGGCCCGUGCUCCGACCCGUUCGGCCAAAACUGGUCUUUCGUUUCCAAGUCAAAGCGAUCAGCAAUAGGCGAUAAAAGUGCCAACAUCACUAGUGUAACUGCCCACGACUCGGAUUAUGUUGGGCCAGUGCGUUGCUGAUGAUAAUUUGUCGUUUUAUGCCCCAUUAGCCACGGAGUUAGUUUGCGCCCUCAUUGUAUAGCUAGUAAGACCGUAUGGUACAAAUACCGCGAUAAUGUAUUUUUUGGAAUAAUAGCUCAUACCUCGAACGAAACAAAUCCCCAUAUUUUCGCGAGUUUCAAAAUUGUUCCAGACAUCAACUGAAACACCUCAUAUGCCUUCAUCUGCAUAAGACUGACAUCGAUUGACCAAUUUUUUUUCGAGAGCGUUCAAAUGUUAAUAAACAAUGACGUUUGUUUGACGUGGGACGUCCUUUUCGUUAAUUUACUCCAGAUAAAGGAGUGAGAUAGGUAUUGGAGGCGGAGUUUGUUUUGUGCUUCGGCCAGGACUUUCUUUGUAAUGCGUAUUUACUUUGACCUUGUCCUUGAGGUGCUCAAUGAUUAUGUAUUUUUGCAUCAUUGCUUAUCAAUACAGGCAUGAUCAACGAG